UUUGCAGCUCUCUUUACAAGUAUCCCAAAGUUGAUCCCUUACCAAGGGAGCUACUUGGAAAAUUAUUGAACCAACAACUCAAGUGUUGCAAUUCGCAAAAAUACUCAAUUCAAAACUAGUCACCAGAAAUGAUGAAACUUUUUUCUGAUGUCUAGCACUAAAACAACUACGGUAAGAAAUAGAAAUUCCAAAUUAGUAUCCCAUUAAUUAUAGGUUGGGAGCUAUCGCCUCCGUCGCUUUCUCGAAGGUCGCUGUGCAACGAUUCUUCACCGGCCAUGAUUCCGAAGAAAUUCGGCUUUUUAAACUCAAGACGCAGCGUUUUUAACUGUAUCUGCAUUUUAAAACUCCAAGACAAAGGAAAAAAUAUUCAAGUUUUGGCAAGUGAUAUGAAAAUGAAGCCUCUGGCUCUGGCUCUUCACGGUCCUCAGCAAACAAUCGUGUCUUCAUGUCCUAUUUACCUUCUUCCUCCCUCUCCCUUGAAUUCCAAAUCUCUACUGCAAAAUCGAAGAUUUUCCCGUGUCUUUUGCUCCUCUGUUACAUCCAAAACGAUAGAAGGGAAAGGUCCAAAGCCGGAGUACAGGCCAGGAAUCUUGGACGAUUUUUUCCUGAAUUCUUUUCGUAAAAAAUUGGUAAAGGAAGUUGGAUGGGAUUCGGAGAAGCCUGGAUAUGAUGGACUGAUUGAAUUGGCCAGAGCCCUCCUGAUGAACAGCAGAAGCAAUUCUCAUACCAAAGAUGCUGCGGUGUUCCAAUAUAAACUCUUACAUCUCUCUGUUUUACUCAUUACAACUUUUUUUUUUCUUAUUAAUGAUCGGUUGUUAAUCGUUUUGGACAUGACAGGUUCGAAUAUUGAAGUCACUAUUUCCGCCAUUUUUGUUAGAGCUUUACAAAAUCCUUAUUGCGCCUAUAGAUGGAGGGAAGGUAGCUGCAAUAAUGGUUGGGUGACUGUGCUUACUUGUCAAUGGCUAAUGGGCACAUGCACGGUUAAUUCUGUGGAUCUUUCUGAUGGGACCUCCUGCAAUAGCGGGGUUUUUGUAGAGAGAUGCAAGUACUUAGAGGAAAGUAAGUGCGUAGGUGUUUGUAUCAAUACCUGUAAGCUUCCGACACAGAGUUUCUUCAAGCAUUACAUGGGAGUUCCUUUGGUGAUGGAGCCUAACUUCAGCGAUUAUAGCUGUCAGUUCAAAUUUGGGGUCCAUCCACCAUUUCUGGAGAAUGAUGACACCCUUAAAGAGCCUUGCCUGGAUAUAUGCCCAAAUGCUAAUAACCGAAGAGACAUUCAAAAGAACGUGGAUUUGAUGAAAUGUCCAAAGGCAUGAAAUGUGCUUUACAUCUUGAUUCAGGGUUCCAACUUUGAUGUCAUUGUCCUUUCAAAUUACAAAUUUCAAGUUAUCAAUAUACAAAGGCGUGCAUGCAUGAAGGAUUUUAAAAAGUGAUUUCAUUUGUAAAGAUGCUUGUCAGUUUACAAAAUAAAAUUAUUUAAGAUUUGUUAAUAUGCCAAACUACUAGAUAGAUUUUAGAUUUUUGUAUAUUUGUUUACAUGUUAACAAAAACUACAUUGUUUCAAAUCUACUAUUAAUUAAAAUUUAUUGUAACAAUGUAUGAGUUAAUGUUUUG